CAUGCGCCGUGCGCGCGACCGGUGGGGACGUCGAGGCCGGUUUCGCUUUCGUCGCCACGAGCCGAGCGCGCGCGGAGACGCCCGACCAGUGCCGAUCGAACCGCUGUCAGGGAGCGCAGUGCCCCGCUUAGCUUCCAUUGACUAUUUCCUGCUAUUUCGCUUCAAAUAGUGUUCAUGUAGUGUUUCGUGCUAAUACCGGACAAAAACAUCGCAAUCUUCAACGAAAUUAAUAUUUUGCACGAGUCUUCGCUUACGUAGUUAAAUUAGUACUUUAAGUGAUGCCUAAUUAAAAAUGGACAUAGUAUUUUUCUAACGACGAGGUGUUAAUUAUGCGGCGCUAAUCAGCCCUAAGUGGUUUCUGUCGAACCCGACGUUUGAGACGUACUCCAGUCGCAUUCGAGGGUCGCAAAGACGGACUCGGAGCACGACGUACUCGUGUGGCUCGCGCGGAGGGAGUACCUGCUAAGAACCAUGCCGACCACCAUCCAGGAGAACAUCGCGCUGCUCAACAUGAUGUCCUCGGACAACUUCGACGACGACCUCAAGAGCGUCCAGCUGCACAGCCCCUCCGACAGGCGACUACACAGCGACGGCGCAUGCGUCGAGGAGAAGGUUAGGACUUCCCGUGGGGAAAUCCUGGUGGCUGUGCGAGGCGACCGCAGCAAAAGAGCCAUCAUCACCUACCACGACCUCGGCCUCAACUAUGCCGCCAACUUUCAGGCCUUCUUCAACUUUGUGGACAUGCGAGCCGUCCUCAACCAGUUCUGUAUAUACCACAUCAACGCCCCGGGCCAGGAGGAGGGCGCGGCGACGCUGCCGGAGGACUACACCUACCCCACGAUGGACGGGCUCGCCUCGCAGAUAGACUUCGUCCUGGGGCACUUCGGCAUCAGAUCCUUCAUAGGGUUCGGGGUCGGGGCCGGCGCGAACGUUCUGGCGCGCUACGCCCUGGCGAACCCCCAGCGGGUUGACGCACUUGUCCUCAUAAACUGCACGUCGACGCAGUCCGGCUGGACGGAGUGGCUGUACCAGAAGAUAAACACGCGGCAGCUGCGAGCGAACGGGAUGACUCAGGGCGCCCUGGACUACCUAAUGUGGCACCACUUCGGCCGGAGCACCGAAGACCGGAACCACGACCUGGUGCACGUGUACAAAGACUGCUUCUCGCACGUUAACCCGGUGAACCUGUCGAUGUUCAUCGAGUCCUACCUGCGGCGGAGCGACCUGGGGAUCUCGCGAGACAACAACUCGAUCAAGGUGCCGGUGCUGAACGUGACGGGGGCGCUGUCGCCGCACGUCGACGACACCGUGACGUUCAACGGCCGCCUGGAGCCGGCCAAGACGUCGUGGCUGAGCAUCUCGGACUGCGGCAUGGUGCUCGAGGAGCAGCCCGGCAAGAUCGCGGAGGCCUUCAAGCUGUUCCUCCAGGGGGAGGGGUACUGCAGAUAGUCGGCUCGUGGGGGGAACUCACGUUUAAAGUCGCUAUUGAAUAGUUGCACGACGCUUUACCACACGCGAGCUUUUACUUGUUGCAGACAUUGGACCGUAGACAAAAAUUGUUAAAAAAUGAGAAAUUGUUUUUAGAUAAUAUUUAUUAUUGUAAUAAAUUUAUUUUAAUG